ACAGGGUAACAGCCCUUUGAGUUGAAGGGUUGUAUAGCCUGCUAACUUCACCUCCUUGGAAGCUACUGUUUGGGCUCUUGUAUCUGCUUGAGUUACCUUCUCUUACAGCCGUUUGCUGGCUUUCUCUGCAUAGCUGUUGCUGACAGAACUUGAAGAGUAAGAAUUUCACUCCAGAGUCCCAAGAGCCAAAGCUUGGCGGAAGACAGUACAAUCUUUCUUACAAAAAGGCUUUUUCUUGAGAGGUGUGCCACUGUGCGAGACAACCUGGCUUCAAGUCAAGUCCCCAUGGAGCCAGAAUCCAUAGAAAUUUGUCCUUAUAACCCUCACCACCGAAUCCCACUCAGCAGACUCCAGUACCACCUGGCAUCAUGCAGGAAGAAGAACCCUAAGAAAGCCAAAAAGAUGGCCAGCUGUAAAUACAAUGCUUGCCACGUGGUCCCCAUCAGAAAGUUGGCUGAACAUGAAGCUACUUGUGUCAACCGAAGCUCCCUGGAGGAAGAGGACACGCUGAGCCCUCUUCACGUUAGUCUCCCAGAGCCGCAGACCGAGGACACACUACCAGUCCGUUGGCUUUCCAACCCUGAUAUAUGGAAUGUUGAUGGUGCCAACUCUCACCCAAUGUUCGUGCUUAAGAGUUUUGUUCCCCAAAAACUUGUUUGUGAAAGUGACACACAAGAGUCACAGAGAGAAACCAAAACCCAGAAGAUCCUCGAGCCAAGACCAGGAGGGCAAACCUCUAGCAGGAAGAAGAGGGCUCUCAAAUGCAUGGAUAGACGCGAAUCUCAAGACGCGAAUCUCAAAAUAAAAAACCUGCAAAGUAACUGGCCCUGCUGCUGA